UCAGAGCAGCCUUCAGAGCCAGAAUGAAGGAGCUCUUGUGGGUUGCGUGUCUGUUCGUCUUUAGCCUUCAUGGGUGUGGAAGUCUGGAGGUGAAUGGAGAGGAGGACUUCAUGCUCCUUGCAGGUCCUCUGACUGAAAAUGUGGCCACAGGGGAACAUGAGUGCAGUCUUCCCAUAGUUGCUGCUUCUGAGCCGUAUUUUGAGGUCCUCAAGAGCAGAGGGGUGACCCACGUCAAGGUGCCACUGUCAUGGGCUCAGCUCCUUCCCACCGGUCUGCCCAGCCAGCCCCAGCAGGAUGCAGUCCAGUGUUACAAGACUCUGAUGAAGCAGCUGCUGAAGGUGGGUCUUCAGCCUCUGGUCGUCCUCCACGGAUCCACCGUUCCAGACGCUCUGAGGUCCAGGUACGGAGGCUGGGAGAGCCAGGAGCUGGUGGAGAUGUUCCAGCAGUAUGCCGACUUCGCCUUCAGGGAGUUUGCAGAUCUGGCACACUCAUGGGUGACUCUCAGCGACUUGGGGAGCAUCUGGAAGAACGGACAGACCGCUCAGCAAAACAUUCUGCAGCUCAACAAGAAUCUUUACAAGAACUUCCAUCAACGCUUUCCUGGAAAAUUGUUUGCAGGAAAGAAAUUAUCAUUUGGUCUGGAAACAAAAGACAAGGCUGCACUCCCUCACCUCGAAGCUUCGACAGCUGCCGAUUUCCUUUCUGUGCACAUUGACUACAACUGUGCCUCUCCAGGGGACUUUGAACAGCAGCUGAGGGACUUUCAGAUAUCCAGUGGAAACCUGCCCGUCCUCAUUUACAAGAUGACUGUUCAUGAAUGUGCCCACAGCCAGCAACAGCCCGUAGAAAAAUUGCUUCACGUACUACAGAGCAGCGGAUUGGACAUAAUUGGAUGCGACAUCGUAGAAAUCUUGCUCAAGAUGGAUCAGAGGAAAGCUUCACUGCGGUCUAGUCACCCAGGCUCCAGGAACAGUUAUCAGACUGUUUGGGAUAAAUUUAGCUCCCAAUCAGCAGCAGAUCGAGACACUUUCCUUGAACAGUCUUUCCCCUCCGGUUUCCAAUGGGCGACCUCUGCAGAGUCUUUCAAGGUGGAGGGAGCCUGGUCGGUAGGCGGCAAAGGAGAAACCAUUUGGGACCGCUUUGGCCAUGACAACUUAGCCUUUGAAAAUCAGACGGCAGACCUCGCUUGUGAUAGCUACAACAAAGUGGAAUAUGAUGUCUACCUGCUGAGAGGUCUUCAAGUCAACACCUAUCAGUUUUCCAUCUCCUGGGCUAGAAUUUUCCCAACAGGCCACAGAGACAGCCAAUCAGAGCAAGGAGCUCUCUACUAUGACAAGCUCAUCAAUGCACUCAUAGAAUCUGGCAUCCAGCCUGUUGUCACGCUCUACCACUGGGAUCUGCCACAGGCCCUCCAGGACAACGGUGGAUGGACCAACCCAACUAUUGUUGAUGCUUUCAAAGACUAUGCAGACUUCUGCUUCUCCAGGUUUGGAGACAGAGUCAAGACCUGGAACACAUUUAGUAGCCCCUGGGUUGUGAGCCAUGCUGGACAUGGUACUGGUGAGCAUCCUCCUGGAGUAAAGGACUACGUUUCCUCCUCUUAUCAGGUCACUCACAACAUAAUCAAGUCUCAUGCUGAGGCUUGGCAUGUCUAUAAUGACAAUUACAGGGCAACUCAGGGAGGGAAAGUUGGCAUAGCACUUAAUUCUGACUGGGCUGAGCCCAAAGCCCCAACCAAUACUGAAGACAUUGCAGCUGCAGAUCGCUACCUGCAGUUCAUGCUGGGCUGGUUUGCACAUCCCAUUUUUGUAGAUGGAGAUUAUUCCGUGGCACUGAAAACACAAAUUGAGCUGAAAGUGAAAGAGUGCCCCAGCUCUCAGCCAGCAGUGCUCCCAGUUUUUACCACUGAAGAGAAGGCCAGGAUAAAAGGAACAGCUGACUUUUUUGGUUUAAACCAUUUUACCUCUCGGUUGGUAAAUACUGCUAAAGGUGGUUGCACUCCUGGUCCUGUGGGAGUGGGAGAUUAUGCGGCAGAUGUGGAUCCCUCAUGGCCUUCAACUGCCUCAGAUUGGAUCUUUUCUGCACCGUGGGGACUUCGGAGGCUUCUAAACUACAUCUCACUAGAAUAUUUGAGUGCUAACAAAGUGCCUAUCUACAUCACUGGGAAUGGCAUGCCAACAGCAUACAACACUGAAACCAUCAAUGAUGUGAGCAGAGUAGAGUAUCUGAGAAACUACAUCAACGAGGCCCUGAAAGCACAAGCCCUUGAUGGAGUUGAUGUGCAAAGAUUCACAGUGCAAUCACUCAUGGAUGGCUUUGAGGGCCCACAAGGCUAUAGUGAAAGAUUUGGUCUUACUCAUGUCAACUUUGAAGAUGCAAACAGACAAAGAACCCCAAAACAAUCUGCAUAUUUCUUCUCUGGUGUUAUUGAAAACAAUGGUUUUGGAACACCCGCACGCCAUUUAAAAGAGGUGGCAGAAAUAACAGUAACCCCUCGUACAUCCAAACUUGUCGCUUCACAAGUUCCAUCUGAAGCAAAGGUAGUGUGGGACACUCUAUCCAGGCAAUCUAGGUUCCAGAGACACAAGUAUCAUUAUGGCACUUUCCCACAAGACUUCCUUUGGGGGGUUUCAUCUUCAGCUUACCAGAUUGAAGGCGGCUGGAAUGCUGAUGGGAAAGGACCCAGCAUCUGGGAUACAUUCACUCACGGAAUAAACACCAUUCCUGAGGUUGCAAAUGGAGAUGUAGCUUGCGACAGUUAUAACAGACUUGAUGAAGACCUAUUCAUGCUAGGAGCUCUGAAAGUGAAGUCAUACAGAUUUUCCUUGUCCUGGUCCAGAAUCUUCCCUGAUGGAAGACGCUCCUCUCUCAACCAAAAUGGUGUUAACUACUACAACAGGCUUAUUGACGGUCUCUUGGCUCGUGGCAUUACUCCCAUGGUAACACUUUAUUAUUGGGACUUGCCUCAAGCUUUGCAAGACAUUGGUGGCUGGGAAAGUGUAGAGAUGAUUGAUUUGUUCAAUGAUUAUAGUGACUUCUGCUUUGCCACCUUUGGCGACAGAGUGAAAUUCUGGAUAACCUUCAACCAGCCUCACACAAUUGCCUGGGCAGGAUACGGAACUGGCGCCAUGCCACCAAAUGUCAACAAUCCAGGAACUGCACCAUACAUAGUGGCACACAAUCUCAUCAAAGCUCAUGCUACAGCCUAUCACACAUAUGAUGACAAGUAUCGUGCAUCACAAGGUGGUCUGGUCUCCAUUGCCCUGGAUGCUGACUGGGUUGAGCCCUAUGAUGUUACUGUCCAUCGUGAAAUUCUGGCCGCUGACCGUGCAUUGCAGUUCAGACUAGGUUGGUUUGCACACCCUAUUUUCAAGAACGGAGACUAUCCUGAGGCAAUGAAAGAGCAAGUUCGUGCUAAGAGUGAUCUUCAAAAACUGACUGGGUCAAGACUGCCUGCUUUCACUGAGGAGGAGAAAAACUUCAUUAUGGGAACUGCAGAUGUGUUCUGCAUAAACCACUACACCACCAAGAUAGUAAAUCACUUGACAGACGAACUGACCCCAGCAUCCUAUCAAUUUGACAGGGACAUUGUAGAAAAUGAAGAACCCAAUUCUCCAACUACAGUCAUUUGGGGUCAAAGAGCUGUAGCAUGGGGCUUAAGAAGGCUCCUCAACUGGAUAAAGGAGGAAUAUGGAGAUCCAGACAUUUACGUCUCUGAGAAUGGUGCUGCUACAGAUCGAGGAAUGACUUGGGACGACAUUGAUAGAGUAUUCUUUUACAAGACCUACAUUGACGAGGCUCUCAAAGCCUAUGAACUUGAUGGCGUGAAGAUCAAAGGCUAUAUUGCAACUUCUCUCUUGGAUUCCUUUGAGUGGCUACACGGCUACAUAUAUGCAUUUGGGUUGCAUUAUGUAAACUUCAAUGAUGUAAACCGUCCAAGAACACCCAAAUUUUCAGCUCAUUACCUUUACCAAGUCAUGAAGGACAAUGGUUUCCCAGUAACUGAGGUAACAGGAAAACUGUGGGGACAUUUUGCAGAUGAUUUCAUGUGGAGCACUGCAACAGCAUCAUACCAGAUUGAAGGAGCAUGGAGAGCAGAUGGAAAGGGUAUGAGCAUCUGGGAUAAAUUCUCCCACACUCCAGGGAAAGUUCUGCACAAUGACAACGGGGACAUAGCCUGUGACAGCUACAAUAAAUUGGAAAUUGACAUUGGUUUACUGAAGCAGUUAAAGGUAACCCACUACCGCAUGUCCAUAUCAUGGCCAAGGGUGCUCCCUGAUGGUACAACAAACAACAUUAAUGAGGCUGGGGUCGACUAUUAUCAUCGUGUGAUAGAUGCACUGCUUGCUGCAAACAUCCAGCCUCAGGUCACUCUGUACCACUGGGAUCUCCCACAAGCUCUAGAAGAUCAAGGAGGCUGGUUGAGCGAUAUGGUUGUUGACAGGUUCAGGGAAUACGCAGACUUUCUUUUCAGCCGUUUUGGUCAUAAAGUCAAGUUUUGGAUCACAAUCAAUGAACCAUAUAUCAUAGCUCUUUUGGGCUAUGGUUAUGGGUCGUUUGCGCCAGGCAUCAGCCAUGACCCCGGCUCUCUUCAUUAUGUUGCUGGCCACAACGUGAUUAAGGCACACGCAGAGGCCUGGCACGUCUACAACGACAAAUACCGAGCCGAACAAAAAGGAAGGAUUUCCAUCACUCUCAACUCAGACUGGGCAGAACCCCGAAACCCCUACAAGCAAGAGGACAUCGACGCUGCAAAACGUUACAUGGAUUUCUUCCUUGGUUGGUUUGCCAAUCCCAUUUUUGUAGGAGACUAUAACGAACCAAUGAAGCGCAUCAUUCGAGAACGUAGUCUUGCAAAUGGUUUGGAUAAGUCCAGGUUGCCUGAAUUCACUCCAGCAGAGAUUGAGAGAAUUAGAGGGACUCAUGACUUUUUCGGGUUAAACCAUUAUACGUCUGUUUUGGCAUUCAGUGUUGAUUAUGGAGAAACUCUGAACUAUGAUGCAGACAGAGGUACAGUGGUGAUUUCUGACCGAACCUGGCUUGAGAGCGGCUCUAACUGGCUGAAGAUUGCCCCACUUGGAUUCCGCAAGCUUUUGAAGUACAUCAAGGAUGAAUAUGGAGAUCCCCCGAUCCUUGUUACUGAGAAUGGUGUGUCAGAGAAUGGACCAGUCGAUCUAAACGAUGAGCACAGGUCUUACUUCUACGAGAACUACAUCAACGAGAUGCUGAAAGCUAACAUGACUGAUGGCGCCAACGUCAUCGGCUACACAGCUUGGUCACUGAUGGACAACCUGGAAUGGGCCUCUGGCUACGGAGAGAGAUUUGGCCUUUUCUACGUGAACCACACAAAUGCCGACAGGCCUCGUACUCCAAAGACCUCCGUGCCUUUUUACACCACCAUUGUCAGGUGCAACGGAUUCCCAAACCCUGCAGAUGGACCUCACGAUUGUACAAACCCUCUCUUUUCAACUUCUGGACCUAUAUCUGACGUGACAACAGAACCGGUCCAAGGGAACAUAGUGAAAUUCCUGGGCAUGGAGCUCUCCAUCGAUGAAGCUGUGACUGGACUCAACACCACCUUUGCUCUGCUGAUAGUGUCUGUGGUUGCAGUAGUUGGCGUAACAGCUCUUCUCAUUGUUUCAAAAAAGCGUUCAAAGAAAAGGAGGGAUGACUGAUCUAUGAUGUAAUUACAAAUUCAUCUUUUUAAGGUUUACUGGAAUUUCUGUCCACUUUCAUAAUAGAAACCAAGAACUAUUCAAAUGCACCUGAAACGUAAAAUUUUAUUUAACAUCUUUUCACAGUGAUAGAAUUUCUAAUUAGUGCCUUUUUCUUCUUUUUUGCGGCUUUAAUUGAUAAGUUUUAUGUUGCUGUUGUGAAACAUUUGCAAUUUUAAAGUCAGUAACAAAAUAUUUUGUGGCACCAAAGUUGUAUUAUUUACUAUUUUGUAAUGACGAUGUAUACAUUUGGAUUAAGUCCUGUUUGAAUCUUGUGUUUUUCUGUUUACUUGAUAUGCCAUUGUAUAGAAUGUUGCCAUGUAAAAUGUGUUGUAUCUAAUCCAAUAAAAUAUUUCUUGACAUGCUA